AUGAAUCAUAUUGGUAUUUCUGUAACCGACAUUAAUGCCGCAUUGACUUGGUAUCGUGAAGUUCUUGGUUUCACGAUAUUAGUUGCUCCAGUCGACGUUAUUGUUGACAAUUCAACUGAUAUGGGAAUUCUUCUCUCACAUAUGUAUCCACCUGAGAUGAAGCGCGUCAAAAUGGCUCAUAUGACGGCAGGCAAUGGAGUCGGCUUUGAACUUUUUCAAUUUAUUGAUCCACCCACACAACGUCCGAACACGACCAGUUUCGAAUAUUCUCGUGCCGAGACCGGCGGCAAGCAGCUUAGUCCUGUUCUGACAGUAUUUCCUGGAGAGAUCUAUCAAGCAGUCUACUGUCUCGAUCCAUUUGGCAAUCUUGUAGAAGUCAUGGCCACUUCAUACGAGCGCCAGAUGAGUAAUCGGGAUCCUAAUGUAACAAGUCAAGGUGGUGGUCUCACGUUAACGUCUCGUUCAUCCAAAUCACAACAACAUGCCUUAGUUGAUUUUCACAUUUAUCUUUUGACUCUUAUUGUUUUUGUAUGUGGCCUUAGAUGA